AUGCAACAAAUAUCAUGUUGCGUAUGUGGCUACAUUGGUACGUUAUCUACAAUCAUUCGUUUAGAUUGCUUAUCGUUGGUGCAGGCACAUUUCGCACUGAACUCUCAGCGUGAAUGGGCUGAAUCCGACGGGGAUUUUGAUUAUGAAGAAUACUAUAACUACAUCCUCGCCCUCUUCGACGACAAGGAGUGGUGCGAGGCUACUUUGGAUUGGUACAAUGGGUGA